GGAGGCAGGAGUCCCAUGGUUCUAUAAAGCCCAACCAGGAAUUGCUAGGCAUCUCUCCCAAGGGCUGUGAACUGCUAGCUUUCCACUUGCUUCCCUGGAAAUGCAGCGGCUACUGACUCCGGUGCGGCAGGUCCUGCAAGUGAAGAGGGUGAUUCGGGAAGCUUCCCUCACACCUGUGCGCCUGCUCCCAGCAGCCCACCAAAGGUUAUUUACAAUCUCUGCUGCCCCCCUGGCCAAAACAGAUACGUGGCCAAAAGAUGUGGGCAUCCUUGACCUGGAGGUCUACUUCCCAGCCCAAUACGUGGACCAAACUGACCUGGAGAAGUACAACAAGGUGGAAGCAGGGAAGUAUACAGUGGGCUUGGGUCAGACCCAAAUGGGCUUCUGCUCCGUCCAGGAGGACAUCAACUCCCUGUGCCUGACGGUAGUGCAACGGCUGAUGGAGCGCACAAAGCUCCCAUGGGAUUCCGUGGGCCGACUGGAAGUCGGCACUGAGACCAUCAUCGACAAGUCUAAGGCUGUCAAAACGGUGCUCAUGGAACUGUUCCAGGAGUCAGGCAACACUGACAUUGAGGGCAUAGAUACCACCAAUGCGUGCUAUGGUGGCACUGCUUCCCUCUUCAAUGCUGCCAACUGGAUGGAGUCCAGCUACUGGGAUGGUCGCUACGCGCUGGUGGUCUGUGGAGACAUUGCAGUGUACCCCAAUGGUAAUGCGCGCCCCACGGGUGGCGCUGGAGCUGUGGCCAUGCUGAUUGGGCCUAACGCCCCUCUAGCCCUGGAGCAAGGACUUAGAGGAACCCACAUGGAGAAUGCCUAUGACUUCUACAAACCAAAUUUGGCCUCAGAGUACCCGUUGGUGGAUGGCAAGCUCUCCAUCCAGUGUUACUUCCGGGCCUUGGACAGAUGCUACACAUCAUACCGCCGAAAAAUCCAGAAUCAGUGGAAGCAAGAUGGCAUCGACCGACCUUUCACCCUUGACGAUAUACAGUAUAUGAUCUUUCACACACCCUUUUGCAAGAUGGUCCAGAAAUCUCUGGCUCGCCUGAUGUUCAGUGAUUUCCUGUCAUCCAGCAGUGCCACACAGAACACCUCAUAUAAGGGACUGGAGGCCUUCAGGAACCUAAAGCUGGAAGAAACAUACACCAACAAGGAUGUGGAUAAAGCCCUUCUGAAAGCCUCCCUGGACAUAUUCAACAAGAAGACCAAGGCCUCCCUCUACCUCUCCACACACAACGGGAACAUGUACACCUCAUCCCUGUAUGGCUGUCUGGCCUCGCUUCUGGCACAUCACUCUGCUCAAGAAUUGGCUGGCUCCAGGAUCGGUGCCUUCUCCUAUGGCUCUGGCUUAGCAGCAAGUUUGUUCUCAUUUCGAGUGUCCCAGGAUGCUUCUCCUGGCUCCCCAUUGGAGAAGCUGGUGUCUAGUGUAUCAGACCUGCCAAAACGUCUGGCCUCCCGGAAGCGUAUGUCUCCUGAAGAAUUCACAGAAGUAAUGAACCAAAGAGAGCAAUUCUACCACAAGGUGAAUUUCUCACCACCCGGUGACACAAAUAACCUUUUCCCGGGUACUUGGUACCUCGAGCGAGUGGACGAGAUGCAUCGCCGGAAGUAUGCCCGGCAUCCCAUCUAAAAGUGGUCCAUAGAACAGUUCCUGUGGAAGACUACCAGCAGAGACUCUGCCCAUGAAUCAUGUUUAAAAUUCUGCCCUUAGCUGGUAAAUGAAUUUGGCUCUACCAGUAGCCCCCAUAAACACUGGCCCUGAAGACAAGAAUUGAAGCUCCCCUGAAGAAAGAAAACAGCCAAAGCUCUUUCAAAGAAAAACCACUGAAACUCCUCAGAAGAAAAGCAAUCACACAGAAUCUCCUCCAAGAAAUAUCAGCUGAAAUCCUUCCCUCCAAUUCUCCUUUUUAUACUGCUCUGACAACAAUCCCCCUUCAGGGGGGUCUUCCAAGCCCAGAACAAUACUGACUCAAUUCAGCUGGCCAUUCCCACUCAGGUUGACAAUUAAUCAAUUAACCACUACAAUCCACCCCUCUCCAACUUGAUAACAAGACAUAUUUUCUUAAAUUUGUCUCCAGUAAAAUAUUUGAAAAGAACUAACAUGUCUUGAUCUAUUCAGAUUUACAUUACUAUAACAAUUACAUGUACACAAUUCUUAUUGUAUUUAUUUCCACACCAAAAACAAAUAUUCAAAGGGUUCUUAAAAUUCAAAAUUAAAACUACAGUAUUUUGACUAACCUGAUUACAAACAAAUGUCUAAAAACUACAAAUGAACAUAUAUGCUUUAUAGCAA